AUGGACACAUAUGAAAAUCUUAUAUCUGAUAACUUACUGUGCGACAGAACCGUUAUUUUGGACUUCUGGUGGUUGGCUCCUUUCUUGCUCCUGCCUGUAACAGUUGAGAUGAACCCCAGGCCUACUGUUACCACCUGUAAAUUAUGGGCUUUUUGGUCAGGAUGGACUUAUCGCCGGGUGAUCUUUUUUCUUACCCUGGGGGCGAUUGUGGAAGUUGGUUCGACUGCCAUUCUUCAGAUAAAACAGUACAUUGGUUAUGAUGUGGAAGUUGUCUCAGAGUAUGGUAAACAUAUCUGCUACAAAGGCAAUGUCAGCUUUUUCAAGCAUUUCUGGACCUUGAUGUGA